AUGAGGCUAAGCCAUGGCUCCAGAACCACGGCCAUCGCGCAGAGGCCGGUGAUCCAGAACCCCCGUGUCCGCGUCGCUCCGCCCAGCGGACGCAAGUUUCAAAAGACGCCGCCGCAGCCGGCGGUCGAGCCCGGCCCUGCGGUGGCAGAGGACAGCGCCGGCGGCCUGCGGGCGCCGGAAGGCUUGAUGGCCGUCGUGCAGACCAUGAUCACCCAGCUGGGGGACAUGUGGCCCAGCAGGGCGGCGGAGGCGGAGGCGGGCAAGGGGCCCGGCGCGGACCUCAAGCCAAGUGAAGAGGAAAUGGUGAAGAUUGGGCAAAAGUAUAAGGAGCAAAAGCCCAAGGCGCCAUCAAGCAUUUCGAGAUGCCUGCAGUCUGCAUCCACUGCUCGUGUGAUGCUUGCAAGGUCGAUGUCUUCUCUGUGCGCCCUGGCUUACAGCAUGAACAGAAUCACGCCCCGGUUGUUGUGGCACCACCACCGCCUGCAGCUUGUCACCACGUCUGCAUCCUGGAGGAAGCAAACAGAGAAGGCAGAGGAGGUUGAGGAAGCAAUUUUUGUAGGGGAUGGCAUGGCUUCAAUUCAGCCAGAAAGCUCCCAGGGGGAUGCUGCCAUGGCACUGGAUGAGAGGGCCAACAACAUCGUGGCCAUCGAGGAGAAACUCAGGAAUCUGCCGACCCUUGACAAGAAGGGUGCCACAGGGACUUGGACCACAAAGGCCAUGGCGGAAGCGACUAUUAAUGCGGCUAGCAGUGUGGGCUCAGUUGCUGGCAGCAUCUACCAGCAGGCCCUUAGCCAGCUUGCUAAACAGGCUGCAAACAGGGCCCCCGCAGGACAUGUGAUGGACUCUGUUUCCAGAGUGCUCUCGCUCGCGUAUGCAACACUGGCUGCCACUGUGCCAAAGCCCAAGGACAUGCCAGAGCCGCCCCCCAAAGAAGCCGACGCCCCGAAGUCUGUUGAGCAGCCAGAAGACCUUGGCCAAUGCCCCUUUGAGUGGUACGUGGCAGACAACCCAGAGCACGACCUGCGGCUGUUUGUCAUUCAGGGCUCUGUGGGGAUGGACUCUUGGCAGACCAACCUGACCUUCGACCCUGUGGUGUUUGAGGACGAGUCAUAUGGCGUCAAGGUUCACCGGGGGGCCUAUGAAACAGCACAGACACUGUAUGCUUACUUCAAGCCCAUGGUGAUGGACCACCUUGAAUCUUCACAAAAGGCGAAGGUUAACUUCAUGGGCCAUUCGCUGGGCGGCAGUCUUGCGACAGUGUUGAUGCUCAUGUUUGUCGCCCGUGGGGUGCUUCCGCCAGAGGCUGUGCACAGUGUCUACACUUUUGGUGGAGCUGCUGUGUUCUGCGAAGGCGCUGGGCACUGCACCAACUGCGCUGAAUGUGCUUUCUCCUCCACCUGCGAGUCACCGCACCACAAGAGCAACCCUCAAAGCCUUCUAAAUCGACUCGGCCUAUCUGAGGACGUCGUGACCAACGUGAUGAUGCACCGCGACAUCGUCCCAAAGGCCUUUGCCUGCGACUAUUCUUCAGUGCUGCCCAUAAUGUGGUCGAUGGGCCAGUCCUUCAGGGACCACCAUUGCCUUGCAGGCACUCGGGCGACACUGUUCAACUUCAUCGGUGACAUGCUCGUCGUGCAGCCCUCAAAGGAGCUGGGUAUUGUGCAGGGCGAUGGGUACCACAGCCUCCUACCAGAGUGCACAGAUCUGUUCUUGAUUGAGGAGCCUGGCCACUCAGCCAAGGGGAGCGUUGGGACUGGGCCAGAUGGCGAGGCUAGGAGCAGGAGGGAGGCUUUGUCAAGUCUCUUUGACUCACCACACCCACUGGAGAUCCUGGCAGAUCCCCGGUCCUAUGGGGACAUGGGCAAGAUUUCAAGGUACCACAACCCUGGCAGCUACACUAAGGCUAUCAAAUCAGUGCUGAUGAGCAGGCGCCGUGGUCGUCUUGCUACACUGGUUGGGGCUGCUGUGGCAAAGAGGUUGGCCACCAGAGGUGCCAAUGGGAGUGCAAAAGCGCAUCUUGGGCCACGCCCUAUGCAUAUUGGGUUUACGAAUGGCAAUUCAUACGCAGGACGUCGUGCAAGGAGGCCAGAAGUCCUGCACAAGAGUUUCGAAGCAUCCUUGGGCGGAAAGUAUAAGAGAGGCAGCCGUACUGGCAAGUGA